CACCUCACAGCCCGGCUGGCGUGCAGCAGGCACCAAACAAGGAUUUGUUUAGUAAAAUCUGUCAGUUCAGGUAGGAAGGAGGAGAGCAGAGAGCAAGCAAGAAAGGUGGAGCAGGGGCAGCUUCUGCAGGGGUUGAGGAGCCUCCAUCCCAGUCCCCGCCGACCAUGCAGGUCCCCAGGCUGCUGCUGCCCAUCUGCGCCGCAGCCUUGCAGCUGCUGAGCAACGACAGGUCCUUCUUGAGAGUGGAGGAGGAGCUGAGCUGGUCCGAGGCCCUGAAGCACUGCCGGCGACACCACACAGACCUGGCUGACUUGCAGAGCAUGAAUAGCAUGAGCAGCAUAAAGAACCUCUACUCCCUCACCAGCAGCACCGAGGCAUGGAUCGGGCUCUUCUUUGACAAGCACAUUGGUGGCCUGAGCUGGUCCAGCGGUUCCACGUUCACUGCCCCAGUAUGGACCUCGCUGCCAGUCUUCCGGGAGGGCAUCUGUGCCACUCUGUAUUCCAUGUCCAUCUUCCCCAGCCUGGGGGCUGCCUCGUGCACGGCUCAGAAGCCCUUCAUCUGCUACUAUGACCCUGCCGUGGGGCACCGCAUCUCCACAGAGCCCGCUCUCAGCCUGACGACACCUCCAAAGCCAGCUGUGGUCCAGAUUGGCAGACAGACCUUCAUGCGAUUUGGCCAAGAAGUAACGUGGCUGGCAGCCCUGCUGUACUGUCGCAGCCACCAUACAGACCUGGCCGACCUACAGGCAGUGACUGACGAGGCAGGCACGGAGGCCUUGAAGACUGUCACGAGUGAGACUGAGGCUUGGAUUGGCCUCUACUUCAAUGCAGCCUCUGGAUCUCUGAGCUGGUCCAGCGACUUGGGCACCAGCAUCCCCACCUGGCUGCAGGUGCCCCAGUUCGGGACAGGACUGUGUGCGGGGCUUCGCACCUAUGCGCGCUACAAACCCAGAGUUUAUUCAGUGGCCUGCUCUUCCCUGAAGCCCUUCAUCUGCUUCUACGACCCUUCCACCGGACACCGGCCGGCAGCAGUGCUCCCACCGCUCAUGCAGGCUCCCUCCUCGGAAGUGACUGUGGACACCAUGCCCAGGCCAAGUACACUCCCCUGUUUUCUUUGGGUGCUGAGCCUGCUCUUGGCUGGAUCCUGGGGUCUUCAGGGUUUGAAAAGUGGACAGGGCAGUCCCCCUGCUAGAAUGCAGGGUGGGCUCCAUGGGAUCCUUAAAGAAGGGCAGCAACAGCGUCAGGGCUGGGGUCUGGGGGCAGACUUGGUUCAGAAGCUGGGUAAGAGCCUGCCUUCUGUUUCCCAUCAAAGGGCCAACCUGGCAGCAGCCUGGCGGCCCCAGGCACUACCUCACUGGCUCAGGGACCUUGUGGGGACCGGACGGGCCGGGCCUGGCGUGAAGCACGCGUCCAUUCUGCACUGUGUGCUCGGCGGUCCCGGAGCCCCGCGCGAGCCCCGCCUUGCGCCACGGGUCGGUGUCCAUGCUGUGCGGCCGGAAACCAGGCAGGGAGCCCAAGCGCAGAGGGUCCCACAGACGCCUUCUGUCCCCGUAGGGACCAGCGCCGGCCCCAAGGGUACCUCCCGGGACCCGGGCUCGGCGGCCCGACUCCAGCCGCGAGUCAGCCCGCUGCCCAGUGAACACGGCCCCAGACCCCGCGCCCCCACCUCCGUGGGCCCCGCGGCUCCGCAGCCCCAAGGGACGGCGACACCGAGCCCUGUGGCCCACCGCGCGUCCCCGGGGGACGACUCGGCCCCCGAGAAAGGGGCCUUGAUUGCCCUGGUAACUACUCAGCGCGCGUCCUUCGGCCCGACGACCUGGCCCUCCCCGCCGCCUCUGGCACCGAGCCCCGCUGGGCCAACUCCCUCCGGUGAGCCCCCGGAAGCGGCCGGGACCCCUCUGACCUCUGCUCGGAGCCCUGCUCCAGUCCACACAUCCCCGGACCCCGUCACCGAGCAGCGCAGGCCCGGGACUCCGCGGGGGGCAGCGGCGGACCCCUCAGCUACACCCAGGAUGGCAGCGCCCCUGGAGUCCGCCCCACUCAGCCCGUCCUGUGACUCGGAGCCUCCGGGGAACUUUGCGGGGACGGAAGAAAGCUCCUCAGAGCCUUCCAGCUCAGGGAGCCCGACUGUGCCCCAAAGGACAAUCGCAUGCCCUAGCUGUGGCCAGUGAAAGAAGUGGUACUGAUAUGAGAUACACAGCCAUUGCCACUCAGGUCCAACAUCUGAGCUCCUCUAGCCAUCCAGAGCCUAAAGAAGAAACUCCAGCGCCAGAUUCAGGUAACUGCUUCCGAUUAACAAAUUCCCACUCUAAACAAAUGAGCAGUUAAAUCUGGACAGCCACUCCUUAGCACAGGGCACCUGAGACCUUUUUAUGAAAGAUCACAUGAAAUGUUGGGGAGGGAACAGAAUAGAAACAGCGAUGAGGAUCCCAGAGCUAGCUCCCUGGCUACUGUGACACCUUGGGGAGCAACUUCC